AUGACAUUCAGGGAUGCGGCUAUAGAUUUCUCUAAGGAAGAGUGGGAAUGCCUGGGCCCUGCUCAGAGAGACUUGUACAGAGAUGUGAUGUUGGAGAACUACAGCAACUUUGUGUCACUGGGACUUGCCAUUUCUAAGCCAUCAGUGAUUUCCCUAUUGGAACAAGGGAAAGAACCCUGGAUGGCUGGGAAAACAGGACGGUAUCCAGACAUCAGACAAAUUUUAAUUCAAAGAAAUGCAAUGUAUUUAAAGAAUGUGGCAGAGACUGCUUGUAACUUUCAACUAAUUCAAUAUCAAAUAAGUCAUGCUAAUCAGAAACCCUAUGAAUGUCAGAUAUGUGGAAAGCCCUUUAAAAAGCGUGCCCACCUUACCCAACAUAAUCGAAUUCACACUGGUGGGAAACCAUAGGAAUGCAAAGAAUGUGGGAAAGUGUUUAUCUGUUGUUCAACAUUGAUUCAACAUAAGAGAACUCACACUAAUGAGAAACCCUAUGAAUGUCUGGAAUGUGGAAAGACGUUUAGGUGGAGUACACAUCUUAUUCGACAUCAAAGAAUUCAUACUGGUGAGAAACCUUAUAAAUGUAAGCAAUGUUGGAAGGCCUUUGCUUCUGUUUCUGAUUUAAUAGACAUCGGAAAAUUCACACUGGUCAGAGACUUAACGAAUGUAAAAAAUGUGGGAAGGCAUUUAACAAUCGCUCAACUUGGCAUCAGAGAAUUCACACUGGUGAGAAGUCCUUUGAAUGUAAGGAAUGUGGCAAAGCAUUCAAUAAUUGCUCAACACUUAUUCAACACCAGAGAACUCAUACUAAUGAGAAAUCUUAUGAAUGUCAGGAAUGUAAAAAGGCUUUUAGGCAAAGUGCACAUCUUACUCAACAUCAAAGAAUUCGUACUGGUGAGAAACCAUGUGAGUGUAAGCAAUGUGGGAAGGCUUUCACUUGUGUUUCUGAUUUUAACAGACAUCAGAGAAUUCACACUGGUGAAAAACUGUAUGAAUGUAAAGAACGUGGUAAAGCCUUUAACAGUUGUUCAGCUCUUAUUCAACACCAGAGAAUUCACACUGGUGAGAAGCCUUAUGAACGUAAGCAGUGUGGGAAGGCUUUUGUCUCCUGUUCAACACUUGUUCAACAUCAGAGAACACAUACUAAUGAAAAACCUUAUGAAUGUCAGGAAUGCAAGAAGGCCUUCAAGCAGAGUGCACAUCUAAUGAGACAUCAGAGAAUUCACAGUGGGGAGAAACCCUAUGAAUGUAAAUGAAUGUGGGAAUGCCUUCAUUUGUUUUUCUGAUUUUAAUAGACAUCAGAGAAUUCACAAAGGAGAGAAACCCUAUCAGUGUAAAGAAUGUGGGAAGGUUUUUAAUAAUUAUCCAACUCUUACUCAACAUCAAAGAACUCAUACCAGUGUGAAACCCUAUGAGUGUAAGGAAUGUGGAAAGACCUUUACUUGGCUUUCAAACUUGAAUAAACAUCAGAGAAUUCACACUGGUGACAAACCCUAUGAAUGUAAAGAUUGUAAAAAAGCUUUCCUUUGUUAUUCAACGUUUAUUCAACACUAUAGAACUCAUACUAAUGAGAAACCCUAUGAAUGUCAGGAAUACAGCAAGGCCUUGAAGCAGAGAGCCCAUCUUACUCAACAUCAAAGAAUUCAUACUGUGAGCAAGGAACAUCCCAGUGAGGGUGAGACAGACUGCAGAAGCAGCCCAGACACUACCAGUGAACACCUCCAGUCCCAUCUGUCCAUCAAGGGGGCAGUGGGCAGCCAUGUCUCUCCUUUAGGAGCCAAGUGGAACAGCAAAGGGUCAGCAGCCAACAGAACCUGGUGGACAAUGGGAUCUUCUCUAUGGUUUCAUUCAAGUGCUGAAAACAUCACUUCUUUGAAGAAAUCAAGGGCCAGACCAAUUCUUACAUCACCAAUCCUGAUGAGUCCAUCUGGACUUAGUAAGAAAAGACAGAUACAGCUGGAGGACCUCGAACUGUGGACCAUAUACUAAAGUUCCAGCCUCAUGCCAGUGGAAAUGCUGCAGCCUCAGAGAUCUGCAGAUCAAAGACUGUGACGCCAUCAUGCUUAUUUAAAGAGGCUGACAAGAGCCUGUAAGUUCUCAGGGAUAGCCAUGCCCAGGCUAACCAUGAUCUAGAUGCCCAGUGGUCCUGUCUCUACUUCGCACUCUAUCAAGACCAUUGUGAUCUUUCUGAAGCAUAAAUAUGAACCUACCCCUCCCCUGUUUAAUUCCUGCUCCCCAUUACUUACAGAAUGAAGUUCAAGUUCCUGUGCUUGGCAUUCAGGGUCUUUGAAAAUCUAGCCCUUGUUUACCCCUAUAGUUCCCCUCCCACUCCCUAAAUGCACCCCACACUAUGGCCAUGCACAAGCACUUGCGAGUCCCUAAAUGCUGACUGCCAGGUCAUACUUCUAUGACUCUUGAGUCAACAAUCCUCUCUUUUUUUUUUGAGAUGGAGUCUUGCUCUGUCACCCAGGCUGGAGUACAGUGGUGCAAUCUUGGCUCACUGCAACCUCCGCCUCCUGGGUUCAAGUGAUUCUCCUGUCUCAGCCUCCUGGGUACCUGGGAUUACAGGCAUGUGCCACCACGACCAGCUAAUUUUUGCUUUUUUUUCUGACGGAGUCUCGCUCUGUUGCUAGGCUUAAGUGCAGUGGCGUGAUCUCGGUUCACUGCAACCUCCGACUCCCUGGUUUAAGCUAUUCUCCUGCCUCAGCCUCCCAAGUAGCUGUGAUUACA